AUGGCUAACGGUAAAAUAGCCAUUACGGACAAGCACCGAGCUGAGACGUUGAUGGACUACUUCAAAAGGGUCUAUCGUUCAUCCCGGGGUGAUGAAGCCCGGAACCCUCUGGCAGAUAACAUGGGAAGCAAACUGCAGAUGUUACUCGCGAGUGAGGAGAAGGUACGAACCGAGCUAAAAAUCCUGGGCAAGCAUAAGGUGGUGGACCCAGAUGAGAUCCACCCAGCUAUUGUCCAGUCGCUAUCUGAGGUCAUACUAGUACCUGUCAUUGAUUUGUUUGCUUCAAAGCUGGAUCUGAACAUGAUUAAUUCGGGUACAUACAACUAG